ACGGCCCCGAAGUUGGGUGGGGGCGCGGGGCACUUCCGUGUGAGACCUGUGUAUUUCCGGCCAAGAUGGCGGCGCCCAGCCGUGACAGGUGCGGGCCACUCUGACUUUAGCAGUGGCGGCGACUCGAAGCCCGGGGAGACGUCCCAGGAGUCGACCGGUCAGGACGCCAGAGCUGCCUCAGCGGUGACACUCCUUCCCCAACACUUUCUUCCCUUCCUCUUCACAAGCGGCCCAUGGCAGACCAACGCUCGGGGGGCAACCGUCUCCCCCUGGCGCUGCCCUCGGCCUCCCAGGGUUGCUCUACAGGGGCCGGAGGCUCCUCGGCGGGGACCUCAGGCAGUCCUCCGGCCUCUGGCAAUCCUCCGCCCCCGCGCAACCUCCAGGGUCUGCUGCAGAUGGCCAUCACGGCAGGCUCUCAGGAGCCAGACUCCCCUCCAGAACCUAUGAGCGAGGAGAGGCGGCAGUGGCUGCAGGAAGCCAUGUCUGCUGCCUUCCGGGGCCAGCGGGAGGAGGUGGAGCAGAUGAAGAGCUGCCUUCGUGUGCUGUCCCAGCCCACACCCCCCGCAGCUGGCGAGGCCGAUCUGGCAGCUGACCAGCAAGAGCGCGAGGGGGCCUUGGAGCUGUUGGCUGACCUGUGUGAGAACAUGGACAAUGCUGCCGACUUCUGCCAGCUGUCGGGCAUGCACCUGCUGGUGGGCCGGUACCUGGAGGCGGGCACUGCGGGGCUGCGGUGGCGGGCGGCGCAGCUGAUCGGCACGUGCAGCCAGAAUGUGGCAGCCAUCCAGGAGCAGGUACUGGGGCUCGGGGCGCUACGCAAACUGCUGCGGCUGCUCGACCGCGAUGCCUGCGACACAGUGCGAGUCAAGGCCCUCUUCGCCAUUUCCUGCCUGGUCCGGGAGCAGGAGGCAGGGCUGCUGCAGUUCCUACGCUUGGAUGGCUUCUCGGUGCUGAUGCGGGCCAUGCAGCAGCAGGUGCAGAAGCUCAAGGUCAAGUCGGCGUUCCUGCUGCAGAACCUGCUGGUGGGCCACCCCGAGCACAAAGGGACCUUGUGCUCCAUGGGGAUGGUCCAGCAGCUGGUGGCCCUCAUCCGGACAGAACACAGCCCCUUCCACGAGCAUGUGCUCGGAGCCCUCUGCAGCCUGGUGACGGACUUCCCCCAGGGCGUGCGGGAGUGCCGGGAACCGCAGCUUGGCCUGGAGGAGCUGUUACGCCACCGCUGCCAGCUGCUGCAGCAGCAGCAUGAGGAGUACCAGGAGGAGCUGGAGUUCUGUGAAAAGCUGCUACAGACCUGUUUCUCCACCCCCACGGAUGACAGCAUGGACCGGUGAAGCUAGGGUGGCUCCUUGCCCCCUUCUCCGUGGGAACCCUGGGCCGCCAGCCUCCCUCCCCACCCACAGAUCCCUCUCCUGAGGGAGGGCAGGGCUUUGCUGGGGCCUGGGUCCAGGGUGCCAGCCCAUCUUUGCUCAGCUCCCUGGAGGGGGUGCUGAGAAAGGCA